AUGCUAAUAUGGAAAUUGUCUUCUGGAACUCCUGCGGGAUCGUAUAAAGUUGGUCACUUCUGGCAGCUAACUGACGUCCACCUGGACUUGGAUUAUGAGAGGCAUGGCUGUAGUGGCGAUUUCGGUGACUGCGAUUGCGACUCCCCGCGCCAGCUCCUGGUUUCUGCUCUUCAAGCUACUCGUAAAAUAGCUGUCGCAGAACCUGAUUUUGUGGUUUUUUCUGGUGAUUCUACCGCACACGCAAUCGAGUCUGAGACGGACUUUGAACGAGCAAUGAAGGUGGUUGCCACUUCUCUAAAGGAAACCUUCCCAUCUCACCGCAAUAUUCCUGUGAUACCAAGCCUUGGCAACCACGACGUCUUUCCGGAGAGUAGUAUGUCCGUGAACGAGGUUGAUGAGAACAGGCGUCGCUGGUGCACCCGCUUGGGUUCAGAUCCAGAACUCUGGGCUGACUGGGUGACAGGUCCAAAGGACGCGGACGCGAGUCGUUUCUCCGACGGUAAUACUUUGCCACCCAAAGCUUUGAAUACCACCAUCAUGGCCGUUGGAUUUACGAAAAAUCAUCGUGUCGUAAGGUGUUUCUUUUCGCGGUUGUUGCGAAUUAAUUCAACCGCGAACGGCACUCAAAAACAUCUGCUGGUAAUCUCCCUGAACGGCUUGUUGUACAGCCGUCGCAAUUCCCAGGCCGACCCAAACGUCACCGAUCCCCUGGGACAAUUCCAAUGGCUCCUGUCGAAGCUCCAGUCAGCCCGCGACGAAAAACAAAAGGCCAUUAUUAUCAUGCAUUUUCCUCUCGGCGCUCCCGAGAACUCACCUGUGCAAUUCCGUCACAUGUAUGACGUGUACAACGAAAGACUCAUCGGCAUACUCACUGACUUUGCCGAUGUCAUUUCAUUUGGACUGUUCGGUCAUCAGCACGUUGACUCCUUCCGGGUUGUCUUCUCAAAAACUGGUACGUCAGGCGAUGCCUGCACAUCUGGUUACAAGCAACCCUUUCAUCCUGUGUGGAAUCGAGGCGUUUUAUUUGCUGCUCUUUUUUUAGGCGACCCACUUUUGCCUCUCUUCUACUCCCCCUCCGUCAGUCCGAUGUACUUAAACGCUCUCGGCUCUUUUAACCCGCGAAUCCGCUUUUACAACUACACAUUCGGCUCUGCCACCCCCCGCAUCCUCGACUACCAACAAUUCUACGUGAAUAUUUCCGCCGACCAGCCCUCGUGGCGUUUGGAAUAUGCCGCUCGCCAGGCGUACGGCCUUGCCGACCUCUCGCCUCAAAGUCUUGCUGGCCUGCUGGCGCGUCUGGGCGACGACGCGGCAAUUUGGUGUUCCUACUGGAAUCACGAACUGGGCGGGCAGCCCCACGACUCCGGCCCGUGUCCCGAACUCCACUCCAAAAGGCAUUGCCGCCACCUCUGCACCAUGCGCCACCUCUCCUACUCAGUUCUGGACAGCUGCCUCGAGCUCUGUAGCUCAAAACCGCAUGUUGUUAUGAUCACUUCUGCACGCAAGACCGACUCUGAUAGCUGGAACGCCUUGCCCAUUGUGGCGUUGGUUAUUAUAACGUUUUUAGCCAUCCUGGUGGGGGUUGUGCUCCUUGCGAAUCGCGAACUCUGUCGCAAAAAGCGACGACGUCUGGCUGUCUCCUCCGGCUCGACGUACCUAGAUCACCAUCUAGUAACCUAUCACCGUCGAUCUGUCGACAUUGACUUGGAGAAACAAGACGCAUCACUCCAGAAUGUGUCUUUUGACCAGCAGCAGUUGUCCGCAGAGGCAGAAGGCGAAGCAGAAGAGGAGGAGGAGGAAGAGGCCUACGAUGCAGACGAGAGCGAAGAAGAGGCGGAGGUGUUGGAGGACCUGCCUGCUUCGAGCACUCCCUCCUCGCGGUUCUCGCGCUUUUCUCUGCGCAUCGGCGGCGUCGGCACCGGGGGCUUGUUCGGACGCUCCUCUGCGUUGGAUGGCACCUCGACAGCGGACGAUGACUACUACUCCGUUCACAGCUCCUUGCAGCGUCUCUGUCAUUCCGGCGGUGGCGGUGGGUCUCGAGGCGAUGUGACUGCGGACCAGGCUGCUACCACAGUCAACGACGCUCACCAGGUUGUCUAG